UUCAGAUGCGUGUACUUGCUAUAGUCUUCACAAUCGUUUUUGUGAUUUUCAGCACAGCAAUCAUUGUGAAUUCUUUCCCUGUUCCACCGACUGCGAUGUGUUAUACGGGCGAGGGAGGGGAUUGCAUGAAAUGCGACUGCCAGAAAGGAUUCAAGUGCUACAAAGGAAAGUGCCGAUAAAUUCGCUGGCUAAAAACAAGACAAACAGGAAUUCCAAACAAACAAAGCAUUCCGAGAAUAAAGCUGCG